AUGCCGAAAGCCGAGGCCAAGAACACCGUGAAGUUCACUCGAAUGUGCAAGUUCUGGAAGACGAACGAAUGCAAAAUGGGAGCCGACUGUACAUUCGCCCAUUCAACCAAGGAGUUGCGCCCGAGCCCGAAGCCUUGCUUUGACUUUGUGAAGAACGGAUUCUGUGCCCGUGGACAAACAUGUCGUUUCGUGCACGAGGUGGUUGAGAUGAAGACUACGGACAAGUUCGUGGAAGUGCAGCACUCGGCCAUCAAUCGGGAUCGUGGUGCAGAGGCUUCAGUCCUUGGAAGCUACGGCCGACAGCCGACUGUCCAUCCGCCUUUGCACAUGGCCCCGCAUGCCCCGCUGGCUGCCGCACAGCAGAUGCCGCAGUUUAGCAUCCCUCCCGCGCGCCAAAUGAGCCAGCGGAUUUGGGAACAGUUCAUGGAGCCAGAUCAUGCAACACAUUCGCCAAGCUGCAUUCGUCCGCCGCCGGGUCUGUCAGUUUUCCCUCAGGGCCCGCCAGGACUGGCAGCAGGCCUAGGAGGCUUCGUGCCUGAAGAGCCCGAAGUAAUGAAGACCGCAUUGCACACUGAUGGCGACUCUCGUCGAUCCAGUCUGAGUGAUUUGGGUUUGGAGUGCAUCAAGCUGCCCAUUUGCAAGUCAGACCGGCUGGAGCAAGGGGCCGACGAGGCGACGGUGGCUACCCAGAGUUUGACUUCCACCAUGUGCCUGAGUACUACGCCUUCGAGCUUCAGUGAGGUUGAGAGCCCGACAUCCUUCUGGUUGUAG